AUGGCUUUGGUAUCGGGUUACUCGUCGGACGAAGAUGACCGCGUCAAUGCAUCCUCAAAUCCAUUCGGAAUCGCAGACGCAGACGAGCAUCCUGCAAAGCGAAUGAAGCUAGACGGCCCUUCGCUCAAAGUCGUCGCCGCUCCAGACGUCCUCGCAGAGGACCCACUCCAUCAGACGUCUCUCGUUGCCCGACCAACAGACACUCAAAUGCUUGUAAACAUCACGCACGAAGACAUGCUGAAGCCAAUUGUUGGCCCAGAGAACCCCUUUAGUGACAAAAAGGUUGUACAGAAUCAAAAUCUACUCUCUGGGCACGUAGAAGAGCUUGUCAUGGACGAAGACGCGUUUCGCCAGCAGCAUCUUACUCACGCAAUACUCGGAUACUCUGUCAACCCAUCAGAAGAUCCAAAUGCAGCCCCUGUCGCAGAGCGUCGGGAGAAGAAGAGAAAACGCGGUGAACGAGGCGACUUGGAGAUUGUAGAGGGAGAAGGGGCGUAUCAAGGACCCUGGGCAAAAUGGGAAGGAGACGACGAAGCUCCCGAAUUGCCAGAAGGCUGGGACGACAAUGCAGAGCCAGAGCCGGAACCGGAACCAGAAGCGACGACGAUUGUUCCCAGUGCUUCAAAGCGCAGAAUGCCAAAAGUUGGACCAGGAAACGAAUCGACAAUAUUCCACGGCAAAUCACUCACCGACUACCAGGGACGAACGUACAUGCAUCCGCCAUACUCUGUCGCACCGCAAUUGUCUCAGGAGGCUGGCUCCCAGGAGACUUUUAUUCCAAAAGCUUGUGUUCACACCUGGACCGGCCACACUGGUGGUGUUUCCGUCAUCCGAUUGUUCCCUCAAACAUCGCAUCUCCUGCUUAGUGGAAGUAUGGAUAACAAAAUAAAGCUAUGGGACGUGUAUAAUGAAGGAAAUUGCCUGCGCACCUUCUUAGGACAUGGUCGAGCCGUAAAGGAUGUGACGUUCUCCAACGACGGACGGCGCUUCUUGAGCUGUGGAUUUGAUCGCUACAUCAAGCUCUGGGAUACCGAGACGGGCAAGUGUCUCAAAAACUUUUCCAACGGCAAAAUGGCACACGUUUUGCGAUUCCAUCCUGACGAAGAUAAGCAAAAUAUCUUCCUUGCGGGUAUGAUGGACAAGAAAAUCAUCCAGUACGACAUUGAUUCCGGCGACAUCACCCAAGAAUACGAUCAGCACCUGGGUCCCGUCAAUACCAUCACCUUUGUGGACGAGAACAGACGCUUUGUGACAACAUCGGACGAUAAAACUAUCCGUGCUUGGGACUUUGACAUUCCCGUCGUCAUCAAGUAUAUCGCUGAGCCAUAUAUGCACUCGAUGCCUGCCGUGACCCUGCAUCCAAACAAGAAAGUAUUUGCUGCCCAAUCUCUGGAUAACCAGAUCCUUUUGUAUAACGCGGACAAUUUCCGACAGAACAGGAAGAAGAGAUUUGCGGGGCAUUCGGUGGCCGGAUAUGCAUGCCAAAUCGGCUUUUCACCAGACGGCAAGUGGAUAUCGAGCGGGGAUGCGGAAGGAAAUAUGGUGUUUUGGGAUUGGAAGACAUGUCGCAUCAAGAGCAAGCUACGAUGUCACACCAAGGUCGUCAUUGCUCACGAAUGGUUACAACAUGAAACGAGUAAAGUCGUUACCGCCAGUUGGGACGGCCUCAUAAAGCUUUGGGACUAG